GUGGUAACGUUCCCUAAAACAUUGGAUAUAGUGUCAUUGUACGAUUGUCUAAAAAUUCUUUGUGUUUCAUUUUAGACAUCCAGACAGCAGUGGUAAAUGUAUCACUUGAUGCCCCACCCUUAACUUCACACCCUAAGACUCUCGUUCCAGUCAGUCACUGAGGUAUGCUGUAAUCUGUGUGAAUACUUACUGUAUGCAAGAUGUACUCGGAACAUUCACAAAGUUUGAACAAGGGAAGCGCAUGUAAACGUCAUGUUGGUUACUGGACAUGCUUUCGUUGCUUGCUUGUUCUUUCUGCAAAGGAAUCAUAAUAGCACUAUUGACUGGAGCCCCUGGGUACAUUUGGCUCAUGUUGGCCAUAACUCGUAAGCAACAUGAGUGCAGCCUGGCUGGAUUCCACCUCUUCUAAAUGUCAAAAAAGAUUGGUAGAUAUUUUUCUGCUCAGUCUUACAUGUGAACAGGACUAGGUUAUGGGAUUAUAAAGAACUUUGAGUGCUAAUAUCAUGUCUCAACAGGCAAGUGUGCUGCAAUCCACAAGCCAUGAAAGGGAGUGUUAGAUUUCAAGAAUCCUUGUGCUCUGGGUGAGACAGUGACCCAUGACAGUGACAUUGUCAAGUUUUAAUGAGGAUUUCAGGUGUAGACAUUGUAAUAUUUUGAGCUCAGCUGACCUUCAAGUGAAAAGGUUCACUUGACUUGCAUGCAUUUCAAAGAAAAUGUUCACUUACCAAGAAUAAUGGACAACAAGAGUAUGUCAAUCAAGCGGCUAACCUUUUGUAAUGACCGUUGUUUUGGAAUGCAGACUUACAGGUAAUUGACAGCUUUCAGUGGGUGUUGGCCUGGCUUGUGUACCUUACAGAAAUGAGAUUUAUAUGUGUAACCAUAGAGAGCAAAAUGGGAGGGCUGAAGUGGAUGUACAGUGCAGCCAGAGGAAGAGGGUGGGACUGACAGAGGGGGCGAGGUUUUCAGGGAUAGGGAAAUGAAGGAGUAAGCAAGAUUGUGCCUGCACCACAGAUUCACUAUUUCAGAGUACAGCUGGCAUUGAAAGAAGGUAUAGGAGGAGAGAACAAAGAGAGAGUGAGAGGAACAGCAGGCCACCAGCAGCCAACCCUGGCUACUUUAUCUUUUCCAUCUAUAUACGGAAACCACUGGAUAAUUUAUAAGCCUCUCCCCCUCGCUCUGCGUGAGUCUGUGUGUGAGAGGGGGGGGAUUUGCCGAGCUCACCACCACCAUGGUGUGGCCUGCUGCUGUGGUUGUCUGGCUGGUGGCAGCACUGGGCCCGGGCCUGUCUUUCUCGGCUGAGGACAACUCACAUCCAGGCUUCAACCUCUGCAGCCACUGCUUCUAUAGACAGACGCCACCUCAGGGAGCCUCUGCAGGGGAGUCACUGCACCCGCUCUGCCACAAACUGCCUGGGGGACAGACGUUUGCCACUCUGUCCAAACCGACCUGUGACACAGCUGUUUACUCCGCCUUCCAUCUCAGCCACGGAUGGACAGAGAGGGAAGAGCUGGUGGCGGAUGAAGGCGACAUUAAAGUAGCAGUGCCCGCUCUCCUCAGAGGAAGCAGGGAUCCAUCUCAUCCUGUCUUGGCUGCAGACUCACCGCUUCAACACUGGGACUCAACAGUCACAACACUGGUCCAGUCAAGCAUCACCCCACAAUGCAGCGCUCUAGGGGGUGACCUCUACAUUCUAACUGGAGUGGGACAUCUUGGGGCUGCUGAAGAGUGUCAGAUGAAGCCACUGUGGUCUGCAGUUUGCUGUGCUGUCCCAGAGGGGAAGGGUGGCUUUAGCAUUGGGUUAAUCAGUGAGACAGGAAAAGGGGAGAGGCAAGUGAGUGUGAAGGAGCUAGAGGAGAUACUGGGAGUGACAGAGCUGUUCUCCAAAGGAUGCCAAGGAGCAGAUGCUGAGGCUGUUGGAACUGUCAUAGAUCUUCACAGUGAGGGGCGCCCAACAGUCAGUCUGGGGGAGGAAGAAGAAGCUGAUGAAGUCACACAAGGAGCUUCAGCCAAUGCAGUGAAAUCAGUAAGCAGCAGUAAAGAGCAGCAUGAUAUGAGGCAUUCAGGAGCUGUCAGAUCACAUUCUCCUGACUCUUCAUGUGAUUAUGAGACUGUGCACGAACAGGAGACAGACUCAAACUCCAGCAGCACUCUGGUCUACAUCCUCUCCACCACCUUUUCCAUCCUUACCUUUCCUGUACGGUCUGUGGUCUCUACCUUAACACAAUUACUUGGACAGGUGAUUUAUGUUCUUCAGGAAGACCUUGGAGUUCUCUGUACCCUGCCUGGAGAUACCUUCUCCGUGCUCUACCUCUUGACCUCUGACCUCCUGUCCUGGAUGGGCUCAGCUGCAGAAAUGACACUUGAUAUUGGGGACACCUGCUUCUCCAGCGUCCAAUACUGCACUUCCUCCAUGCUAGGAGCCCUGAUGAGCAGCUGCCACACUGGGGUCACCGGCAUAGGGACCCUGGCUGGUGACACUGUGGGAAUAUUUAGUGAUUCACUGGAUAAUGCUUGGUGGCUAACCAGGUUCUUUGGAGGGUGGCUGUGGGAGCAAAGUGAGGAUUAUGUAGGAACAGUGGUGUCGGAGAUGGGGUGUCAGGCCCAAGCUGUAGGUGGAGGGUUGGGGAAUCUGGCCUGGAGAAGUGGAAAUGGAGUUGGCAAUGUGUUUAAGCUAGGGAAGGAGUUAAUAACAGGGGUGGUGUAUAUGUUCACUGGUGAUGUGACAGAGCCAUUUGAGCAGCAGUCAGAGUGAACGAGGAAAGGACCAGUUGAGGCCAUCAAUAACAAACUCUGUCCACUUUUGGUUUGUAAAUUUCUUCACCACAAAGGCUACACUUUGAAAUUAAAUGUAAUGAAUUUCUUGAGGUCUUUACACUUCACUGUGGAAAGCUGGCUGUCCAAAUAACCUGCUGAAUCUGAUAAUCAACUCUGAUUAGAAAAACACUGUGCACUCUGCUUUUGGAUGAAAUUGUUCAAGGCUAGUCUUGUAUGAUAAUUGUUGCAUCUGUACAUUUGAAUAAAAGAGAAUGCAGGAUAUUACUGUAGCAUGCACCAGUUCCUUCUGUGUAUAUUAUUGUCAUUAAUAUGUAGCAAUCAAUAGCAAAGGAAGAGAUUAUCACAGAAUUCAACAAUUUGUCAAAGUAAAAAGUAGCAGUAUUAAAUAUAAAAUAGAAGAUGUAUUUUUUUUCCAGGUUAAGAUUAGGAAACACCGGAAUCAAUGUUACAUUGUUCAUUAUUGGAAAGACAAAUGCAGAUGAAUGUACAAGGAAACAGUUGAACAUAUUUUCACACUAAAGAACAGGGUGAUAGCUAAAGGAAGGAAAUGGAGCAUGAAGUUCCUGUUGGAGAUAGGGGACAAACAAGCACAGGUACAAAAGGCCAUAUAAAAAUAUUUCAAGGAAACAGGUCUAAUAGAAUAUUAGCACCCAAGCAGAGUAAUAAUGUCACCAUAGGAAUUGUAAGGCCCCUUUUACUGCCCCAGUGUUGAUCUACUGUGCCCCACUAAAAUCACAUUUACUUAAGUUUUUGAAUAUUACCAAGGAUCUUUUUUGACUCAAACAUUAGUGACUUCUGUGGAUGAACAUAAGAAAAUUCUUUAGAGGAGGCCGAGACCUUUGCUAUCAGUUUGUGUCCAUUGCAUUAAGCUAUAAUACUGAAACCGAAUAAAGUUACUGUCAAAAAGGA